CACGGAGAGUGAAAAGAUCUACCAGCAUCGUUUCUAAAAUUAGACUUUACUUGGAGUUAUUUGAGCUGACGGGCAGCAAUGAACAAAAUAUGGAAAUUUGAUGUUAGACUUGUAGUUUAAAGAGCUCCACCUCUGAGGGCACACGGAGUGGGGGGAUUUUGAGCACACAGACUCGCAGGAAUUCACACGCACGGAGAUAUUUCGGACUGCAACCUGCUGAUUCCUUCCACACGCUGACACUCAACCUGUAGGCGUUAGGGCGCCGCGGAGACCUUUUCAGUUAUUAAUACUGGGAGUGAAUGUUUCUGUUUCAGGAGAAUGGCUUAUAACAGAGGUGCAGUGCUGCUUGUUGAAGUGUGUCCACCGGCUGAAGAGUAGCGGAGCGCUCAGCAUAAACUCUCACAUGGUGCACUUAAUCCUGGAGCAGCAAAGCGCGCUACAGGGAGCAGAAAUGAAAGCUGGAGCGGUACUAUUAUGCGUAUUUUCCUUUAGUGAGUACUUCAAAUGGCUUGAUACGGGACUUCUGCUCUGCUUUUGAUCAAUAGUUUUGACUGAUAGCGGCGCUCUCGGGUGGACUUUGGUUACCAUUACGCGCAGUUUGCGUUUCGGAUAGGGCGACUGAAACUCCAAACAAGGCACAAUCGGGACUCUGGAGAGCACAGCGGGGACAACAUCAUGACCAGCUGCCUGCUUGCCUUGGUCGGACUGUGGUGGAGCGCUUACUACUGGACGUACGCGGCGGUGGGGACUCAUCACUCACUGGCUGGCAACGGCGAGGGGCAGCCGGGCUUCGUCCACCGGCGGCUGCGGACGCACGAAAAGAGGGAGAUGCAGAAGGAGAUCCUGUCCGUCCUGGGGCUGCCGCACAGACCGCGGCCGCAGCUGUCCCACGGAAAGUACAACUCUGCUCCUCUUUUCAUGCUGGACUUGUAUAAAACUAUAUCAAGUGAGGAGAAAAGCCAAGUGGAAGGAGCGCUGGAGAGAUACCAGUCUGUACCGGCGUCCCAGAGCCCUCCUCUGGCAACAUAUCAAGAAACAGCCUUUCUGAAUGACGCGGAUAUGGUGAUGAGCUUCGUUAAUUUAGUGGAGUAUGACCGGGAACUCUCCCUGCACCGGCGUCACCACAAGGAGUUUAAGUUCAACCUGUCACAGAUCCCAGAGGGCGAAGCCAUCACAGCAGCAGAGUUUCGCCUUUACAAGGAGUGCGUGAGCCAAGUGUUUCGCAAUGAAACCUUCCUGCUCAAAGUCCACCAGGUGGUCAAGGAGCACCCUGACAGAGAGGCAGAUCUGUUCCUGCUGGAGUCUCGGAGAUUUUGGGCUGCUGAGGAGGGAUGGCUGGAGUUUGACAUCACAGCGACCAGCAACCUCUGGGUGAUGAGUCCAAACCAUAACCUGGGUCUGCAGGUCAGCGUGGAGACCAGUAGUGGGCAGACCAUCAGCUGUAAAGACAUGGGACUUGUAGGACGUGCCGGUGCGGUGGAGAAGCAGCCUUUCAUGGUGGCGUUCUUUAAGGUUAGCGAGGUGCACAUCCGCUCCGUCCGCUCCACUGGUGGAAAACGGCGGCACCAGAAUCACAACCGAUCCACAAAGCCUCAAGAGGGAUCCAGAGGGUCGGGCCUAACGGAUUACAACAGCAGCAAUCAAAAGACGGCGUGCAAAAGACAUGAGCUGUAUGUUAGCUUCAGAGAGCUGGGCUGGCAGGACUGGAUCAUUGCCCCUGAAGGCUACGCUGCCAACUACUGUGAUGGAGAGUGUUCUUUCCCCCUGAAUGGACACAUGAAUGCCACCAACCAUGCCAUCGUGCAAACGCUGGUGCACCUGAUGAACCCUGAGAAUGUACCGAAGCCGUGUUGUGCCCCCACCAAACUCCAUGCCAUCUCAGUGCUCUUCUUUGACGACAACUCCAACGUCAUCCUGAAGAAGUACAAGAACAUGGUGGUACGUGCCUGUGGCUGCCACUGACACCAGUGAGGACCGGUUGUAAGCUGGUUGGACAAGGCUCACCUCAGUCGGACACCAUAUUUUUUCAGCCUGGAAGUUAGCAGGAUCUAUUUCAGUAAUCACAAAUUGCUCACGAGAAAUCCACCUAUUACCAUGUUGACUUGCAGAAGAUCAAUACCAAACUGAGAAACAAUGGCUUUUACAGACGACUUCACAAAAUUCCAGUGUUGAGCCAGCUUCUUCAUUAGCUGCACACCUCAGACUUUACUUCACAGACUUUGUGUGUCUAAGAAGAGUGUUUAGUUUGUAUAUCGUCUGUUUAUUGAAUUGUAAGAGUCUUACCGUCUCAGAAAGAGAGUAAGGCCCAACCUGAUCUGUUGUGGGACCAGUCAGAGCGCUGCUUUCUUUCCCGAUGGAAAACAUGGUGGAUCAACACUGAGGAGACACACUUUCCCUUCAACCAACCGUGAGGCGAACCCUAUCAGCUGCAGACAGAAAAUCUGUACUAUUCAGAUGAGAAUAAACCAGGCCAGUUGUAACUUUACAGCAAACGUGAACUGAUGCAUUAGUCAGUACAUUCAUAUUUAUCCUCUUUCCGACUGUAUUUUCCUCACAAGCCAUAUUUACUUUCCCAAAAAUAUUAUUUGGACUCAACCAAAGAGACCACAUUCUGUUUUAGUAGCGGACUCCUCCAAAUAAUGCUCUCUGUGUCAAUAUUUGCGAGGCUCAGGCUCAGAUACUAUUCUCCAAGCUAAUUGAACAUGAUCCCUCUGGUGGCCAAAUUCCUGUUUUUCUGAAAAAACCCCCAAAGAAAACAAAGUAAUCCAGCCUUUUUACCCUCCUACACACCACAAAUGGCCAUUUCUGUUUUGCUACACUCGCACAGCUCACAAACAUGUCUAAAAAGAUUGUGGAAAAACACUUAGAGACUGAAACAGCCAGUCUGACGAGUUCUUUGCUUCUGUAACCCUGAGAGCAACAUUAUGCUCAGAUUUAGCUGCAGCGUCUUCCCCUCUGAGCACGUUACUGUGAGCCUUAAUUAACUUGGAAUAUUUAAGAGGACAUAUUUGAACGAAACACUUGUAUCCAUAGCAAUCAGAAUACCUUUUGUGCCUAACCGAUCUUUAAUAUUAUAUACCUCUGGAAAGCUGCUGUUUACAUUUGUGAUCAUGUUAAGACUGUUUUUGUAAAUACGUGUACAUUUUCAGCUUAUUUAUUGCACCUUUUAUUGAAGAAAAUACCACAUUAAAGCGACAAAUAAAUAAUACAAACGUA